CUUUUAUCUGUACUCUAUUUGCUUAACCCCCGCACCACAUCUAUCUAUCAUGUCGAACAAAACAACUGAAGGCAUAUGCAGCAGCGUUGUUAAGCGGGCGAUUGCAUUGGAGCAAGAACAGCGGGAUAGGUACUGGCGCACAAACGCAGACGUAGUACAGCUCGAGAGACAGUUACAGGAGUUUUCCAAUUCGGCAAAUGAGCACCUUAACCCGACGUUGGUGAACGAGAAAACAAAUAUAGAGCCCAUGCCAGUGUUGAGGACAGCUCUGCCAUGCGUAGACAGGGACGGCAGACGUGAGCUGCUGUGUGACCAGACAUUAACUAUUGCUACCCAGGAUGGCUCUCGUUCCGACGCCGAACCAGUUCGUGUGGCACACGCGGUUCCAGAAGAUACCGGGAAUGAUAUGGCGCUCGAACUCGAUAUGGCGUUUACACCACUGACGCAAAUUGGCGCAACAACCCUGUACAUGCAGUAGACGCCUGCUUAUAAACACGCUUAUUUAUUGUUACCAUGGUAUCACGGAACAUAGACCUCGUAUAAACUGCGAGAAAGCCAGUGGCUGAGUAUGAGAAUGCAGACAGCUCGCAAUCCAGUUGACUGGGGGCUAGCACCUAUCUCCGUAAGAUGCUCCGGGCUUACAUGACCCACGGUGUAGCAUUACACUAGCAGUGUGAGGAAAAAACGAUCGUCGCCAAUGGCAAAUAGUGAUCGCCAAGGUCCUCAUAUAUGCGCAAUUGUACAAGCGGGCGCUUGUAAGAGCAACUUCGCACCUUUUAUGGCAAUUGCACUUUUACUUCAAAAGCCGAUUGAUUCAUUCGGUAGAUGAGGGCUACAGCUUACAGCUCAUAUAUAUAGCUGCCGAUAUCCCCCUCCCAAAGUCUACCAAGCUGUACAUUUGGGGCACUAUGCAUUUUAUUCCUUCCCUUUGUCUGUUUACGC